AUGUUAGGAUUGAAAUAUUACACUUACUAAUACUAUUCUUAUUAAGACCUGGAAGAGUUAAAGAGUGUACUUAAAUAUGAUUCAAUAGGGGAAAUAAAAUUUUAUGAUGAUGAGAAAAUUAUUGAAUAUAAGAUAAAUAGAGAAAGAUGUCUUCUAUUAGGUGAUUUAAUAGAAUUAAUAGUAAUUUUUUAUAUUAGAUAAUUUAGAAAAUUGGAUUUAUUAGAUUUCAUUUAGGAUAACUCCUAUUGCUCUUUAUUUAAUUGUUAGAGAAAGUGAAGAACAUGGAAAGUCACAAAAUAGAACAUAAAUAUUUAAGUUUAGAUCGUAUUUGGUUGAAAUUCAACAAUAAUCAAUAUCUCACUAUUAUAUAUAAAAGAAUUGAAUAUGAAAUUGCUUUCACUGGAUAUAAUAAUAAAUUUGAGGAAGACUUAGAUACCUCUAUACGUUUAUGGGAUUUUAAAAUAGGAUAAUAAAAAGCAUAUUAAAUGGGCAUACAUCAGUAGUCACUUCAAUUUAUUUCUCUAGUGAUUGUGCUACAGAAGCAUCAGGUAGUGAAGAUAAGUCUAUACGUUUAUGGGAUCUUAAAACAGGAUAAUAAAAAACCAAAUUAGAUGGUCAUUCAAAAACAGUCAUGUCAGUUUGCUUCUCACCUGAUGGUGCUACAUUAGCUUCUAGCAGUUGCGAUUAUUCCAUUCGAUUGUGGGAUACGAAAUCAGGAAAAUCAAUUGAACCAGCAGAUAAGCGUUACAAAGAUUUACGAGCACAAUUUAACACUCCAUUAUCCUAAAAUAAUCUUCUUCAAUGUGAUAUUCAUUCAUUUAUUAUUUUUAAGCCAACCCCUUCAAAAAUCUUCUGA